CCUGCAAAAAUAACGCAACCAAAUACCGUUUCGGAUUGCGUCGUUUUUUGUUCUUAUAGGAACUUGUACUUGUACAAUAAAGCUAGUCGGGUGGCCGUUUAGUUGCGGGUUUCGACUCUAUCGAGGACGGUCGCGGCUCAAGGAGCAGACGUUGCGUAAAGUUAUUACACAACGAUAAAUCCGCGCGACUCGACACUUGAUUCAAGUGAAGUCGCCGGUAUUCGAGAUUCGUGGUUCGCGGUGAUACAUUAGGAAAUUCCCAGAUACAAUUAAACAAAAGAAUGAAUAGUCUGUGAUACGGUUAAACUUCAACAUUGAAACGAUACGAAAAUGACAUCGAAACUAGUGCAAAUGCAGGCUCGUUUCCAACAACGACAGAUGCAAGAAAAAGAAGAAAAACUUUUGAAGCUAUACGAAAAUCAACAACAAAGGGCUUUCGAUAAAAUUGGAAGGGGGAGCGCUGGUAGUAACGACAGUUUACCUACAACGAAUACUGGAGGAAAAGUCCGCCAAAUGUUUGACGAAAGAAGACAAAAAGCUGGAAUAGAUAAAAGUUAUCCGCUGGAACCGUUAAAAUCUAAAAACAAUUCGAGAGGAUUGUAUCCCGAAAGGAAAACGACUGUUAGAGCAACCGUUCAAAAUAGUACUACAGUUAUUAAAAAUGGAAAACCGUUAGUGAAGAAGAAAGAAGUAGUGAAUAAGGUUUAUGAAAAUAUUAAUGGAAAAGAAACUUUUGAGGAAAUUAAAUACGUAAAUAAUGGCGAUAACGAAAAUCAUUCAAAAUCUCAUAGGGAAAUAAUAGAAAUAGAUAAUAAUAACAAAAUAGAUGGCAUAGAAAAUGAAAAAAUGCCUUUAUACGAUCUAGACGAAGGGGAUAACGAUAACGCUCUUGUGAAGAGUAACAAAAAUAAUAAUAGUAACUUAAUAACGAAGAAAAUGCCAACAAAUAAUAAUGCAGCAUAUAUCAAACAAGAAAAUCAUCAAAAAAAUAACUUGACUAACGUUAAAAGAACCUCAACGAAACAAACAGCUUCGCCACUAAGAAACAGUACUCCAAAUAGUCCGGUUAAGAAGACUUCUAAUACUGGAAUGCAAGACAAAUCAAAAACAACAGUACCUCGUGCACCGUCAUCGACUCGCCCAUCGGCCAAACAACAAAGUCCUCGAACUGUAGUGAAUAGAGACGAUCUCACCGAAUGCACUUAUUGCGGUAGAAGAUUCGCCGAAGAUCGUAUUGAAAAACACGAAGACGUUUGCUCGAAAACGGGAAAGAAAAAACGAAAAAUAUACGAUGCCACAAAGCAUCGAGUACUUGGCACCGAAUUGGAAUCGUACGUUUUAAAAGGUCCUAGAUCAAAAAUAAACAACAAGUCGUUAACGAGAACUGUUCCGAAGAAAGACUGGCGUCGAACUCACGAAGAGUUCAUUUCAGCGAUAAGAGCAGCGAAAGAAGCUCAAGCACAUUUGUCCAAAGGGGGGAAACUAUCCGAUCUACCUCCACCGCCACCGUCGUCGAAUCCUGAUUACGUGCAAUGUCCCCAUUGCGGGAGGAGGUUUAAUCAAGCCGCAGCCGAAAGGCACAUCCCCAAAUGUGCCGAUUAUCAGUUUAAUAAACCUAAACCUGGAACAGCCUCUAAAAGUCGAAUACAAAAAAAAUAGUUGAUCUUGAUCUAAUUUAUAUUUUUAUACAGCUUGAUUAUUAAUUUUUAUUAAAAAAUUAUUUGUAUUAAUAUUUUCUAUUAUAAUGUAUAUUUAAUUAAAGAUAUAUA